AUGCCCUUUAGAUCAAAAAGGCAUGCGAGUGAUGGGCAGAUCUCGAACGAGGCUGGCCUGUUGAGGGCCACUUGUAAUUCUCCAGAGAUACUGACUACGCCUCCACGUGCAGUUGACCGUCGACGAUUCGCAAGCAGGGAGUUUCACUAUCAAGACUCUGAAGCACUUCCAUUCCAGGAGUCGACACCGGUAACACCGCCAAAAUCUCGGAGUCGAAAACAGAGUGUCGCAAGCUCACUCUCUGAACGGCUCAAAGGUACUCUUGACCAGAUCUCAUUCGGUAGCUUGGUCGAGGCAUUCCGACGCGCCAGAAGGGAAAGGCAAGAGAAGGGCGAUCUGCUUGACAGAACAGAAACCGACAAGCUCAAAAGUUUCUGGGAUUUCUUUGAAGCAAAAGACUCUAAUCACCCUCCACCCGCGCAAGAUCUUCCGCAAGGCCAUCUCAAAGUUGACGAGGCUGCCGAAGACCGUGCUACUGAUCAGCAACGUCCCUCCACCAGCUGUCGUCUAUCGGACAUCACGGAGCGCUCCGGACAAGUUCACCCACACGGCCCAACUCUUACUACAAACAUGGACAUCUCUCGCCUAUCGGCACCCAGCUCGAGCGUCCUUGCCGACCAGCAAGACAAAGCUCGGAGGGUGAAAGAUGCCCAGGCAGUCUACCAGAAAAUUGUUCGCGACGCACAAAAGUCAAAUACACAAAUACCACCAUAUGAUUUCCUUGAGCUGAUCGGCAAGGGUGCUUUCGGAAGAGUCUACAAAUGUCGAGAUCAGCGCACUGGGAACCUAGUAGCCGUGAAGAUUCUGAACAUUGAUGAACAGGAUUGGUCGUCAGGAUUCGGAGCUCAGGAUCCUCGCGACGAGACCAUCAAAGAUUUCAGGAAAGAAGUCGGCAUAUUGCAGCAGCUGAAGGACAACAACGUCAAGAAUGUCAAUGUCAUCCACGAUGCAUUUGAUCUGCACUCCCAGCUAUGGAUGGUAUCCGACUACUGUACCGGUGGAAGCUUGCGCACUCUCCUUCGCCCUUUCGAGAAGAAUGGCCGACCGGCUGGAUUUCCACUCGAGUGCAUCAUACCCGUUGCUCGUGAGCUAGCGAUAGCAGUUGCUGGGAUUCACGAGAUGCAUAUCAUACACCGCGACAUUAAAUGUGCCAAUGUCUACAUUACCGAAGAUGGUGAGCUUCAGCUUGGCGACUUUGGCAUUGUUGCUGUGAUGGACGAUGUUUCGUCAAAACGCAAAACGGUCAUUGGAACCCCGCAUUGGAUGGCUGAAGAGAUGCUCGCUGGGAUGGACUCGGGAACUACUACAGAAGGCUACGGCACAGAGAUUGACAUCUGGUCCUAUGGAUGUACGGUGUGGGAAAUGGCCACCGGAACGCCCCCGAAUUCAAACAGACAUCCAAUGGAUGUCGGUGAUGCGCUUGCAGACAUGACGCCGCGAUUGACAGGCGAUGAAUAUCCUGAGGUGCUGCGCGACUUUAUUGCCUUUUGUCUCAAUCCCGACGCAAAGGCUCGGCCUACUGCAGCUGAGAUAUUGAGGCAUCCGUUCAUUGCGGAUACCAGCAUAUCACAUCCCACAAGUGGACUCGUCCCUCUGAUCGAGCGCUUCAAGCUAUGGGAGCACGGCGGUGGCUCUCGGGCCUCGCUAUGGAUUGCUGGUCCAGCAGAUCCUCGCGCCACCGUUCAUGGCGAUGAAACGUCUGAUAGCAACGACGACGACAGCUUUGGCAAUUGGAACUUCAGUACUUCCGGGAACUUCGAUCAGGCAUUCGGCAGGCGUUUCAGCCAGCUGUCAAACUUAGGCCACGACGAGCAGAGCCAAUGGUCUCCGCAUGCAGCGGCUCUCCCUCCCCUUACCACCGCUGGUCUUAGCGUCGCAGAACGGAUCAAGCGAGAGCAUACUGAACUAUCUGCGAAUAGAGGAGAGCAGUCGCUAGCUCGUCUCUACGAUCCCUACGACCCUUCUGGCUAUCAGAUAGCUACUCCAAUCUCGGCGCCAUCUGCUCCUCCCUCUCCUCCACCAUCGGAUCUGCCGCUGCGAACUUUCACAAGUGGCGCGCCCACCAGAGAGAGCAUGAUUGAGAUUGAUCUAAACGAGGCGGAGGUCGGCGAAACUGCCACAUCGGUAUUUGCGUUACACAUGGAUGCAAUCAAUGAGCAAACGAUGAAGGCAGUACCCAGGCACACUCUUCAAGAUGACGACGAAGACGACGACUACGGGUACGCACAGCGUGACAAUGAUGAUCGACGUGCGACGCUGGAAUGGACGUUCCCAUCAUCCCAGACAAUUGCUGCGCCUGAACUCAAGCGCGGCACUAUGGAUUGGACAUUCAACACAGCCGAAGCUAGAGAGCCCGAUGAACCUGAACCUCAAAUGGACCUGCUAUCACCACGCCGUGGGGGAGAACUUCCGCCUGGCUUCAAGCCCCAGCUCAAGCAUUCUGCGACUGAACCGUUGGGUCAUUUUCGGACCAUCUCGCACGACACUGGCAAAUCGGCGCCAUCACCCAUACGAGAGUCCAUCGGGUCCAUGAUUGAUCUGGACAUGAGCUUCGCGGAAUCAUCGCAGAUCCGCCGCCCGUCCACUGCCAGCUCCAUGGCUGGUUCGACCAUGACAGACAUGACCUCAGGAAACCCGUUUGACCUUGAGGACGAUCAAGAUCACCACGAGGCCGACCGUAGUCGGUUCUCGUAUCAUAAGCAAUGGCAAUCGGAUGGCGGCCAUCCCAAGAGAAGCAGUCACAAGACGAUGCCAAUGCACGCUCGUGGUAGUAGUCUCUCAAGUACAGGCUCCGACUUGGAUCGCCGGCUCUCUAACGCCGGCGACAGCUUUCAAGAUCCAUCAUAUUUUGUGACUCAGCAGCCUUUUGGACUUGAUCAGCCAUUCACUCACCAGAACGACAAUUCGUCCAGCGAUCAAUGGCCCAAUUUUGAUGAGUUCGAGGCGAGCCCGAGAUUCAACACACUUACCGACGUCCCUAGGUUGGGAACGGCGGCAUUUCCGCUGGAUGCCGGUAUUCAGACCAACGGCUUCGACAGUUCUUCAGCUCGCUCGCGAGCGCAUAGCAGCGAGCCGACAUCAGGACCGGAAAUCAGCUUCCCGCAUAUCCAAGCACCACAUCCCGACGCCUUGGAUGAAGAGGCUGACCCGCGAUUUCUUUACGAUGAAAUGGCACGUAUCCUGGAGGAUCUCAGCCAUGGUCUAAAUAGCACUCAUCAGGCCUUGACCCGUUCGGCUGCUCUCGGCGAAGACGAUGAUGGCUACAUGAGCUCUGCCAUGGACGGCUAUUUGAGUUCCGACAUUGACGGCGGCUUCGAUAGCAUGAAAGAUAACACCGAAGAUGAGGGCACUCCUGACUACUCGGAUCAGCUCACUGCGAGACGCAAACCUCGAAAGAUUGAGAUUCGCUCUCCGUCGCAGCACUCCCCGUAG